ACCCUCAGUGCCUGAAGCAGGUGGUUGGUAUUGGGUAUUGCCAUGGCACGAUUUUAUAUCCAGAGAGGAACACACAGAGGUUUAUUCAGAAGCGUGCAAAAGAUACUUAAAUUUUUCCAGACAUUCGCUUUGCUUGAGGUAGUCCACUGUGCAGUUGGAAUAGUUCACACAUCUGUGCUUGUGACUGGGGUCCAAGUGAGUUCAAGAAUCUUCAUGGUGUGGUUCAUUGCGCAUAGUAUAAAACAGAUCCAGAAUGAGGAGAGCGUUAUUCUUUUUCUGGUCGUAUGGACUGUGACAGAGAUUACUCGAUAUUCCUUCUACACAUUCAACCUGCUCAACCAUUUGCCAUACUUCAUUAAAUGGGCCAGAUACAACUUUUUUAUCAUUUUGUAUCCUGCUGGAGUUGCGGGUGAACUGCUGACUAUAUAUGCUGCUUUACCAUAUGUCAAGAAAACAGGGAUGUAUUCAUUGAGACUCCCCAACAAAUACAAUGUCUCCUUUGACUACUAUUACUUCCUAAUUAUUGUCAUGUUCUCCUAUAUACCAUUAUUUCCACAACUCUACUUACACAUGCUGCGGCAGAGAAGAAAGGUGCUUCAUGGAGAAGUGAUUGUAGAAAAGGACGAUUGAAUCGAGCCAUGUAAUUAUGGUGCUUUUAAUGGAAAAACAAGGGUAAAAAAAACAAAACUUCCUGUGAUUUUUCUGAGUCCAAGUUUUGAAACAUGGAACAAGAAUAAACAACUGUGUAUAAAAUAACAUGGACUGUAUUAUUUAUACUAUUAAUAUAUCAUCACAUUACCUUUUCGUUUCUGGUUUAACUUUGAUUUUUAAUUGUUUAUUUCUUCAAACAUAUUGUUUUCUUAUUUUCAAUAGGCUGACAAAUAGCUUUAACAAAUUGAAUAGUUGGCUAAUGUGCUUUCUAUUGUGAAAGGCUUGUUAUGACCUGUAGUCCUCAUCAAGAACAGAAGGAGAGUUGAUGAGCUGUAUUGAAAGUGUGUCUUCUGGAAAACAAAGCGUAAAUUAGGUAAUGAUGUGUUUCAUAGACUAGGGGGCUUAAAUGUUAUUUAAGUUGUACUUUAAAUGAUACCUUUACAGUUCUAAGUACUGUUAGAGUGUUGUUCAACAUUCUUUGAAUUACAAGAUCACACUAUAGAAUUCCAGAAGGAUUUAUGAAAGGAGGUGAAUCCUUGACUGUCAGUGCAAGUUUGGAUCUCUCUGUAUUUUCAUUUCUAAUUGAAAAGAAAUGUCAAACAGUAGAUACAAUAUUAUCUGAUUGAAAGCUUAUGCUGAGGAGUGACCAUGACCAGUCUUUCCAUGGUCAGUGGCUGGAACAGGAAUCAUGCAGAAGAGGACUGCUUCCUAUUCUACAUUUAAUUAUGUAUGCAGAAAAAUGAUGGUAUGGCAUUUAGAAACUGUAGUUAUAGUGAGAUAUUUUUACUUCCCAUAAUAAGCUAAGAGGCAUAAAAUAUAUUUGAAGUAGUACCUUAAAAUAUAAACUGUGCUUUGAAUCAUCCCAUCUUGUAAUUUUAAUUGCUCCCUCCCCAUUAAUUGUUUAUAAUGGAAUUAUGUAAUGCUAAUUAACAUCCUCAGUAAUAUGCAAGAGGGAUCUACAGCAUAUUAAUAAACGUUACAGAUGACACUGUAUGAUACCUGAGUGGGAGAAGUCCAACGUAUGGAUUAAAUAUAGACAGGAGUUGGACGCUACAUAAGAGAACCAAAGCAAACAUGAUGCAUUUGGGGAAACGUGGAUACUUAGUGAGAGAGAGAGAAGAUUGAAAAGUAAUAAUGUAAUAAUGCCUGUAAUAGAACAAGCAACAAUAUUGCUUCCUGCUUCAGUGAUGUCAAAAGAAGACUGUGUUACGUGCAGAAGUAGUGCAUCAGGCAGCUGGAAAUCAGAAUACUCUUGAUACUGCUGAGGUCAUUUCUAGAGUAGUUUUAUAUUUUGAGUAGCUCAGGGGUGAGGAGUAGAGUCAAUACUUAAAAAAAAAAACAAAAAAAAGAGUAAGAAAAAAAAUUAGUUGAAUUAUGAAGGAAGUCAGAAAGAUUAAGACAUUAAGUAUGUAUAAUUACUUGUGUGACAAAUACAAGUAAAAGGAAGAGACUUUGUUAGUGUGAAAGUGUAAGUAGGACUGAUUAUAUAUCCAGAGAAUAUCAGGAGAAAGCUCCUACCAAAGAAAUCAGUUAGGUUACAGAACAAUGCAGUAAAGCUUAUCCAUGUAUACAGUUUCUUGGAAAAUUUUAAGUUCCAUGUAAUCCAGUACUGGAAAAUAAUGUUUCUUUGGAAGAAGUUUGUAUUACAUACUUGAAUAGGCAGUUUCCAUUUUUAGCAUCAAUGAUUCUAUAAUAGUACAACUUAUUUUGAAAACUGGAGAUGCGUGUUUUUUCUGAUGCAUCAGGCAAUUUGAUGAAAAAGGAAGGAUUUACUAUAUCCUGAAGUCUCAAUUUCCAUUUUGUGCCUUAAAUUUUUCACACUUAUAUGUCUUCUUUACGUGGAAAUUAGAUUUCUUUUAAAUGAUAGUGUGGACUUGAGAUACAAUAAUUGUAUUCCUUAGAAUUUUAAAAGGCAUAAUCUUUAUGUUUUUAGAACAAAGGUGCUAUAAGUUAACUCACUACUUCUCAGUUUUAUAUGUAACUAAGUAUUUAAAGUUUAAAUUAUAAACCACAUUUACAGUACUGAUUAGCAAAAUACUUGUGUUACACGUUCAGACUAGCAGUUGUAUUUGUCCCAAGUUCUUAGAGUACAGUUUUAUAAACUUUACUUGUGUUUUGUCCGUGAGGAGCAAAUAUUGUGGCACUUUUUAGAAAUAUUUCUCAGCAAGCAGAAGAGUGUGAUGAAAUAGGAGUAAAUGCAAUUAGAUUAAGUUAUGUGUCUCUUUUUUAACUGUCAGGGCAGCUCACCGAAGACCAUAGCUAUCAAUUUCCUGAAAAUGCGUUGGAUACUUUCAGUCAGUGAUUUUGAAAUCUUUUAUUGGAUGAGAUGCUCUUUCUGUAAUAACAGGAAUACCUGAGCUAUAUUACGUUUGUUUUCGUUGUGGUUUAAGGCUCUUACAUAUGGCAAUCUAGGAUCUAUUUUUAUAUCCUUUUGUAUAUGAAAAAAUACAGCACUGUUUGCUAAAAUCUUUUUCACAAAGCAACAGCAUAAUGAUGGAACUUAAAAAGUAAUUUCCAACUACAGCAAGUCUUGCUAAAUGAUUCUUGAAUAAAGCUAAAAAUUACUUUUACUGCAUUCAGUGUUGCAUAGACCAGGGAGAUUGUCAUGUAGAUUAGUUUUCUUGUCAUGGACUUCAAAAUAAAAAAAAUGAAUCGUCUUCUUUUCUUCCUCUUCUCUUUUGAUUGAAGUCUGCACUGAAGCCUCAAUGUAAACUUUUUGCUUAAUGUGUCCUCCAGUGUAGUGAUAAUUCCGAGUACAGUCCUCUUACCAUUGACUUACAUGGGCCACGAUUCUAUCCUGUGUAACUUACUUAAACUUCAGUAUGAUACUAUGAAACAUUUAAUUAGCUUGUUCAAUGGAUAUAAAAAUUUAAGUAUGAUUUUCAUAUGGUGCUCUCUUUCCAGCUUAUUUUUGCCAUGUACCUUUUUUGUAUUUCUCUCUGCAAUAUUCCUUGUUUUCUAAAGCAUUGAAAUCCUCCUGUUUAUGAAAGAUUCGUGUGUAUUCAAGCAUCGAUGUCUAUAAUGUUUUGAUGUAUUCUUUAACAAAAUGUUUGUGUAAAGGUAUUUUCUUACUUGUGCUGUAUAAGCCUUCUGGAAUGGAUUAAUACAAAGUAUGUCCUUAAGGAUGUUUUUUUGUUUGCUUGUUUGUUUGAAAACUUUUGGACUUCUUGAAGUUCCCUUCAACCUACACUGGGAAAGGCUGUUCCAGGACAGACCGAGUGAAUCACCUCAUUUCACAACUCUGCCCUGCACGUCUGGAAGCCAAGUCCUGACAUCAGGGUAUGGCUGGUACAAAGGAGUAUAAUGUUGUGAAAUUGCAUCCUGCACAUUAGCUGCCAAGGGGAUCAGUGAGGCUGUUGUGAACAGCGGUUAAUAUGCGUCAUUUCUCUCACUUCUGUCUAUGCAGAAAUUGAGAAGAGAGGCAGCUAAACGUGCUCUCAUGCCUUCUGCAUAAGAAACUAAUGGGAUCAGCUGAGAGGAUCUCUGUGCACAAAGGGUGUGUUACAGAAAGGUUUUGUGCUUCACUCAGCUGUUUAUAUCUGCAUCUAUAACCACGUAUUUUUUUGAAUUACUGGUAUUCCAGUACAGCUGUAUCACACUGCUGUCAAUAACGUGGCUCAAAAUCAACAAUCUUGGAUAAAUUGUGCAGUAUGCUUCUAUUCAUAACAUAACACUCAGCCAGGUUCAUGGUAACAGGCAGAUUGCCUAGUUGAGAAGGAAUUAACAAGGAAUGGAGACCUUUUCUGUGAGCAGAAGGAACUAUCUUUUCUUAUCCAGAAAUAAAUAUAUGCAUUUUAAAUCUAGGUCUAGCUACUGAUCUGACUGUGGUACUUGCACUCUUCAUACCAGCUUACCUUAGUGGAUAUUUGGAUUUUUCCUUGAUUAUUAAAUAGAUUAAAAUGAGAAUAAAUUAGAGCCAUUACAAUAAACUGUGGUUUAAAGUAGCUGCUUUAUUAGCAGUUUUUGUGAAUCAAGCCUUUGCUUAAUCCGUGUUAGAGAAAAAAGGAAGGAAAAUUAAUACAAGUAUACAAGUAAGUAUUCUGCACAAGACAGGGGGGCUUCAUAAAUCUAAAUUUCUAUGCAGGCAAUCUGUCUGCAGUUCCUUAUAAAGGAUUGAUUAAAUGUUUUUGAAUCAAAAGAUAGAGAUUAAAAUUAAAAGAUGAAAAUUAAAUUUAAUUUCAAGAUGCGUGUGUUUGGGAUGAUGUAUUACUUAUGAGCAGUUUACAAUUCACAGUGAACAUACAUUUUUAUAGAUGAUUAACUGUAGCCCAUUACAGUGUUUUAAUCUAUGUUGUAAUGACUAUUUUAGAAACAAAUACCUUACGUUUCUGCAAAGCUCUUGUGUUUCCUUGCUCAAGUUAACUUCAGUACUAAACUUUGGUUAGCAUCUGCCAAGAAUAGUUCCUUAAACUUGCUUUCACAAUAGCACACCUUAAUGGUGUACAGUACUUUUGAUUCAGUGUCUGGUAUUGUAAGCCACUGAUGGAGGAGCUUUUAUGCCGUCAGUAAGACAGAAAGUUUUACAGGUCUUAAUUCAUCCUUACUGCCAGAUACGGAAGACUUAUCCAGUAAAUUCUUAGGUCACAGAAGUGAAUAAGUCUAAAAAGUGAAUUUAAGUCUGUAUCAAGACAGAGUGUAGAGAACUUGAAUGUUGGAUAACUCUAGCUGUCUUAUAGGAACUUGCUGUCAAGAUCAAGUCUACGGCUGCUAGUGGUUUUAGAGUUCUAAAAUGAAAAUGCAUAUUACUUUCUCAUGUAUCAGCUGAAACAUUGUCUUUUUGUUCUUGCUGCUCUGAUCAGUCUUGAAUGUAUUUUAUGUCCUUUCAAUUGAUGGCUUUGUAAAAGUGUAAGUACAGAAAUAUUUAUCUAAAUGUACCAUGUAUGGAAUUGUACUUAAAGAUUCUUAAAAGUGUAAAUGCACUGCAGCUGCUCAUUAUUGUUGUUUUUCCUGAAAUAUGUUAUAGUUAGCAGUUUACACAGACAGGAAAACACUUUAUGAUACUUUUAGUAACUUAUUUAUUUGCAAAGAUUAUAAGAUUUGUUGAGCUAGAGAUUCAGAUAUUUGUUUUAGAGAUUGUUAACACUGUAGCACUGUAGAAAUGCAUCAAUUAAAAGAUGUUUAAAACUGUGUUCUA